UCUGAGCUUGAAUCAUGAACUGUUCUCUCGCGAUUUUCACCCUGCUUUGGGCUUUCAUCUGGCUAUAUAUUCCUGAAUCUGAAGCCAGGAUUAAAGACCCUAGGGAGCGCAGGGUAUACCAAAAACUGAAGCAACAGGAUUGCGGAGUCCUAACGGAUGUAAUUCCAACCCAAAGACUUCGCCGAAGGAUCAUUGGUGGCGGGAAAUCUUCCCUGAUGUCUCAACCUUGGAUGGCGUUUCUCUAUGUAUCAAAUAAUUUGGAGAUGUGUCGCUGUGGAGGAACUCUUAUCUCAGCACGCUUCGUUUUAACUGCUGCACAUUGCAUUAAAUUGUGUCCCAAGACUGAGGAAUUAAGAGUGCGGCUGGGGGAGCUCGACUUGAAUACCUCUACCGACUGCACAACCUACGAUUAUCAACCGAUUUGUGCCCCUCCCGUAGAGGAGUAUACUAUAGAAAAAUGGACUGUUCACGAGGACUUCGACCUGUUUUCUGGUUGGAAUGAUGUUGCCCUGCUAAGACUUAGUAGGAAAGUGAUCUUCAAAGAUCACAUUCGACCUAUUUGUCUGCCCCUAAACUACGAUCUCCUGAAGUUUACCUCUUCGAUAGGAGAAACCUACCUUGCGGUGGGUUGGGGAAAAAUGGAGGACCAGGACUUUGCCAACAGUACCAUGGAGGUUUAUAUAAAUACGAAGGAGUGCUCCGGCGGCAGGGACAGUUCGUUUCUAUGUGCCGAUGGAUUAUACGUGGACACCUGCACUGGCGACUCAGGAGGUCCGCUCACCCGGUCCGCUUUGUAUUUUGGCGCCGUUCGAACGGUUCAAUUUGGAGUGGUCAGCACUGGGAGCAAUGCCUGUGGAGCUGGGCAGAAUGCUUACUACAUGGAUGUACCCACCUUUGUGCCGUGGAUACUCGCCAAACUAGCAGAGUUCCCGAAUUUGUAGGAUAAGGUAAACUAAAUCUCGUGGAAUCAUGCGACAUUUAAUAACUAAAUGAACUUGAUUAUAGAAGGCUAGAUGCAUUAUCAAUAACUCAAUAAAAUAUUUUGCUGAUUAUGGCGGUUAUUACUUCUACAAUA